UGGUGGCACCAUGAAGCUGGCAGUCUUCUUCGUCCUCCUGGGGAGCUUCGCCCUGUGGACAGCACUGCAGGCUGCCCCAGCAGAACGUCAGGAUGGACGCUCUCCGGCGCCGGCCCCACUGCACCAGGAGCCCCCUUUGGCCAACGGGACAGGUGUCCUGGGUCCGUCGUACCCGAGCCUGGCCGAAGGGAUCCCUGGAGCAGCUUCUCCUGCCCCUGGCCGUGCCCUGGGGGAACGCACCCCGCAGGCAGCUGAGUCCAGGGAACAGCCCGUGGCAGGGGUCAGCCUUGCAAAUGUGGGAGGAAAGAAGCCAAGCACGGGGGGGCUGGAGUCCCCCCAUCUGGCUCUGCCAAGGGGCUGCGUGUGCAGGGGAAAGCCUUCCGGGUGCAAGAACCAGCCUGAGUGCAAGGAGGGACCGCAGAGCACGGUGGGGAGCCGGGGAGACCCCCUGUCUGCUGGAAAACCUGGCCUGGGGCCCCCUGCAGCUCCCAUGCGACCAGUGCCUGGUGCAGGACCUGAGCCCAGGGAAAAGCUCCUAUCUAGAGACCCCUCUGGGGUUGGGGCAGAGCCGUCCGGGGUAGAACUGGCGUCUCUCUCAGACCCGGUGCCCGCUGGAAAACCAGCAUCUGGAGCCACACGUGUGCUUGGUGACAAGCCGGUACCUGGGGCCAGUGGAAAACCUCUGGGCUACGAGACACCUGCGUUUGGGGCAACAACCAUGUCUGACAACAAGCCUGUGCCUUGGGCAGAGCCUGCACCCAGUGAAAAACCAGCGUCCAGCAAGAAACCCCGGUGUAGGGAGAAGCCUGCGUCCACUGGAAACCCAGUAUCUAGUGAAAAACAUUUGUCUAGAGAUAAACCAGUGCCCAGUGAACACCAUCUGUCUAGAGAUAAGCCUGAAUCCAUUGAAAAGCCAGUCUCCAGUGAAAAGCCGGAGUCCAGUGAAAACCAUUUGUCUAGAGAUAAGUCUGAAUCCAGUGAAAAGCCAGAGUCCAGUGAACACCAUCUGUCUAGAGAUAAGCCUGAAUCCAUUGAAAAGCCAGUCUCCAGUGAAAAGCCGGAGUCCAGUGAAAACCAUUUGUCUAGAGAUAAGUCUGAAUCCAGUGAAAAGCCGGAGUCCAGUGAAAACCAUUUGUCUAGAGACAAACUUUCCCCCAUCCCUGCAUUCCCUGGAAAACCCGUGUCCAAUGUAGUACCAGUGGCGAGAGAUAAGCCUGCAGCUGGCAGCAAUCCCAUAUCCAACUUGGUGCCCUCCCUUUUGAAGCCGCUGUUCGGGUCGGAUUCUGGUGGGAAAGACGGCGCGGGGAAGGAGGAUGAACAGAACAACGACAAGGACCAGGACCAGGGGGUAGACGAUGAUGAUGACAAGUACGAGGCGGACGAUGAUGCUGAUGAUGCCGACGAGUAUGAGACAGACUACGAGGAUGAAACCAAGGAUGAUGAGGAUGCAGAUGAGGACAAUGAGGAGGAUGAUGGCUGGGCUGACGAUGACAAGGACAAGGAUGAGGAUGAAGACGAGGACGAUGAGGAGGUGGGUGGGGCUGCAGAGAAAGAAGAUGACAACGAUGAUGACGAUAACAAUGAUGAUGACGAUGACGACGAUGACGACGAUGACGGGAAGGACAGCGAUGAGGGCCAGGAUGACGAUGACCUGAACCUCAUGGAAAUGGACACUGACGACACAGACACGGACACGGAGAACGACUACAGCGAUGCGAACGAGUACGGCAUGGGUGACGGCGAAGUCAGUGACGGCAGUGACGACUACAGCGACGACAACGACGAUGGCGAUGACUUCAGCGAUGAUGACAGCUACGGCAUAUGGUGGUUCUGACGGGGCCAGAGAGUGGGCCCGGUCGGGGGCAGACCCGUGGUCUGCACAGGGCGAGGACGUGGAGCCGUGUGAGGA